AAUAGAGAGAACAGACAUAUAAAGUUUACUUUGAGUUCAUACGCUCUACUCGUAUCAAUAUUAUGCACUAACGAAGUUUUCAUCCCUCGAGCUUUAGCCUUAUCAGUGUCAAUAUGCGGUCAGAAUCCAAUAAUCCUAUAAUUGAGAGGACGUCCACCAUGUCCUAAUUUCGUGCUAUAAAAUGGAGGGAAAGGCUCUCUCGAAAUCAGUUGACAUCUCGUCUUCAACAGUGAUACCAGUAUAGGAACAUUUACCACAAGUAAAGAUGAUCGCAUUGAUGAGGCUCACCUUCGCUUUAACUCUUGUAGCAGUACUAUUUUGCUUAAUAGAUUUGAGUGAAGCUAAUUAUAAAAACGCCCCCAUGAAUGGAAUCAUGUUUGGAAAGAGAGGACCCUCAGAAUACGAUUCCAGAGUCAAAACGCUGACAGCUCUAUGUGAGAUUGCAACAGAAGCCUGCCAGACGUGGUUCCCAUCGCAAGAAAAUAAAUAG